GAGGCGUCGGCCUGUAGGCUCCGGGCCCAGCGCUGCGGGGAGGGGACGGGCGGCACCGAGCGACCGUUGCGGGGUUUAUUUUUUUUCCUUUCCCUCCCCCUCGGCUACGGGAGGCUUCCAACGGGCCGGGCCCGAAGCGCCGGGGAAAAUGUCCAGGCCUGUCAGGAACAGGAAGGUGGUCGAUUACUCCCAGUUUCAGGAAUCAGAUGAUGCUGAUGAAGAUUAUGGGAGAGAUUCAGGUCCCCCAUCCAAGAAAAUCCGCUCAUCUCCCCGCGAGGCUAAAAAUAAGAGGAGAUCCGGGAAGAAUUCUCAGGAAGACAGUGAGGAUUCAGAGGAAAAAGAUGUGAAGACUAAGAAAGAUGAUUCGCACUCAGCAGAUGAAGAUUUUGGCAGUGAAGAUGAUGACUUAGGAGCAGAUGAUGGCAAAGCUGACAGUGACUAUGAGAGCUCUCAAAAAAGCAAAAAAGGAAAGAAGGCCAAACCAGAUAAGAAUAAGAGAGCCUCUAAAUCCAGGAAAAGGCCUGCAGAGGACAGUGAGGAUGAGAAAGAAGACCACAAAAACGUGCGUCAGCAGAGACAGGCAGCAUCCAAAGCAGCUUCCAAACAACGAGAGAUGCUUAUGGAUGAUGUGGGUAGUGAGGAGGAAGAACAAGAGGACGAUGAGGCACAGUUCCAAGAGAAUUCAGGAAGCGAUGAGGAUUUUCUCAUGGAAGAUGAUGAUGAUAGUGACUAUGGCAGUUCAAAAAAGAAAAAUAAAAAGGCCUCCAAGAAGUCCAAGCCAGAGAGGAAAGAAAAGAAGAUGCCAAAGCCCAGGCUAAAGGCUACAGUGACUCCCAGUCCAGUGAAAGGCAAAGGGAAGGCAGGCCGCCCCACAGCUUCCAAGACAACGAAAGAAAAGACCCCAUCCCCCAAAGAAGAGGAUGAAGAGCCUGAAAGUCCUCCAGAAAAGAAAAAAUCAGCCAGCCCUCCGCCAGAGAAGUCAGGGGAUGAGGGAUCUGAAGAGGAAGCACCCUCUGGUGAAGAUUAAAUGGCAGUUGAGGAUAUCUUUGUUUAAAAAAAAAAAAGAAAAAAAAAAAAAGAAAAAAAAAAGAGAGAGAGAGAAAAAAGGAAAAAGAAAACAUACUUAGGGGUAGAACACGGUUUUGGCUGUGGCUUGACUCAUGGGCUUUGAAUGCUGUCUUUACUUUCAGCUGUUUAAUACAGUGUAUCCUUUUUUUAAUAAGAGGAAACCCUCAUACAGUAAUAUUUUGAAGUCACUGUUCUGUGUUGGCCAUUCCAUUCUCCCUCCCCCUCCAAAUCCAAAAGCCAUUUGAGACAAAUUAACAGACCAUUUGAAUAUAUAUAUUUUUUUUCCAAGGGAUACUGCAGUUGUGAAGCAAUAAGGUUUGGGACUGAUACAUGGAAACCACACUUACAAAUCACUGAGUAGAAUAGGUUUCCCAGUGCUGGUAAGAGUUGUUCAAAACUAUAAUUCUGUAUUAGAAUACAUGGUUAAAAAAACAAAUCAACAAACCAACCAUGCUUUAAUAGACUUUUCUCAAUAGAAGUUCCUUCUCUCAGAAAAAGAAAAAUAUAUGUAUAAACUGCAGAAGAGGAAACACGGGGAGGAAGCCUGUGUUUCUUGGAUUCAUGCAACUUUUUAAUGGAAAGCAAUCAAGAGACUGAUAGGGGGUCCACUGUCUUUUAUCUGGAAACAUCCUCCAGUUAGGAUGCAAGAUCUUUCAUCUUUCCUGGAUAGAAUACUCUUCUGCUUAGGCAGAUCUCGGUUCAUUCUAUGCUAUUUCAGACACACAACCUAGAAGCUGCUCACAUCCACUAAUUCUGUUUGACUUCUUCCAAGGUCGGCUAUAGAUGGGCAGAAUAGGGAAGAGACAUUUGAAAAGUUCUAAAGCUCUGCUUUCCAGUUGACAUUGUGGACACUUUCUUUAAAGUUCCAAGGGAAAAAAAAAAAUGGUGGACAUUCUAGAAGUAGAUUUUUUUUGUGUGUGUCUUUUGGGUGAGGGAUGUCCUUUUAUAAAUGUGAAGCAAAGGAUUCCUGUAAUGCUCUGGUCAGUCUCGGAUCCCAUGAGUCACGCUUAAGUGCUUCUCUUCUCUCCCUCCAUCUGUCCUCAGAAGGCUGUGUAAUCAUGUCUAAGCCUCUCCAGCUACAAUGUUGGACAGCAGACUUCCAUCAAUAGUGAACAUCACCCCAGUACCACUUCCAUUUCUUCAUCCUCCCUACUGCAGCAUGGGAGGAUUUAUUCACUCUGCUCCCACGCUGACAUGUCUGCCUCUGUUGGUCGUCAUUCUGUUCCCUAAGCCUAGGAAGCCUGGAGUAGGGAACAGUGUUAAAGGAUGAAGCUGAGAGGGAAUGAAGCUUGAAAGCAGUGUAGCAGGGCUAUGGUUCUAUAACAAAAGCAGGAUGUCCCUCUAAAGGAGAUACUUGAGGUGUGUGUAGUGGCAUUUUAAUGUGUUUUUAUCAAAGCAGCCAUAUCCUUUUUUUUUUUAAACUUAAUUGAAGUACACAAGCCUUGGUUUUCAAACCCUGAUGCAGAGAUUGCUGCCAUGUUUGUUGGUGGAAAUAUUAAAAACUGGAUCUGCCUUUUUCUUUCUUUUUUUUCCUUAGACCCUUUGUGCUUUUGUACGUUGCUCACAGUUACCUUACAGCUGACAAGCUUUGCAUCUCCUUUUUUUUUUUGUCACUGAAGUACAUAUUUUGUAACCAGCCUCUUGAAGGUAACAUAAGGCAGCUAACUAGUCGGAUUUCUGGUGCACGUGCUACCAGAUUUUUAAUCCUGUUUGGACUUCAGAGAGCUUUUAGAUGCGAUACACUAAUAUGACCAGGAAGGACACUUGGCUGAAUGGCAGAGGGAGCCCGAAGAUUCUGAGCCCAGUGUGGAGCCUAAACCACAGAAUGGAACAUUAAUUUAACAGCCAAGUGCUUGUCUUGUGUGAUUCACAGCCAUGGGUUUUAUUGAGGCUGGUAAAUUACUUUACCUUGGCUUAAAAUUUGAAGUUCUCUAACGUUCUUUACUAUAAUGAAACUACUGUUGCCGUUACAAUAAAGAUGAUCAGUGUUUCCAUUGUAAA